AACCUACCAUUUAAGCAUCUAACCCAACCGCCCAGCUAGUUAACCCGAGCGGUCCGCCGUCAGCUCGGGUUCGGCCGGCCUCCGGCCCGCCCGCCGCAGCCGUGGUGGCAACCCCAGGAGGAGCGCUGGCGUCCAUCUCCUUCGAUUCUCGGGAUUUGAAGAUGGCUGCACAGUCAGCGCCGAAAGUUGUGCUAAAAAGCACCACCAAGAUGUCUCUAAAUGAGCGCUUUACUAAUAUGCUGAAGAACAAACAGCCGAUGCCAGUGAAUAUUCGGGCUUCGAUGCAGCAGCAGCAGCAGCUAGCCAGUGCCAGAAACAGAAGACUGGCCCAGCAGAUGGAGAAUAGACCCUCUGUCCAGGCAGCAUUAAAACUUAAGCAGAAGAGCUUAAAGCAGCGCCUGGGUAAGAGUAAUAUCCAGGCACGGUUAGGCCGACCCAUAGGUGCUCUGGCCAGGGGAGCAAUUGGAGGAAGAAGCCUUCCCAUAAUCCAGAGAGGCUUGCCCCGAGGAGGACUACGUGGGGGACGUGCCACCAGAACCCUGCUUAGGGGUGGGAUGUCGCUCCGAGGUCGGGGUAUGAUAGGUCGGGGAAGAGGGGGCUUUGGAGGCAGAGGCCGAGGUCGUGGCCGAGGGAGAGGUGCCCUCACUCGCCCUGUAUUGACCAAGGAGCAGCUGGACAACCAAUUGGAUGCAUACAUGUCGAAAACUAAAGGACACCUGGAUGCUGAAUUGGAUGCCUACAUGGCACAGACAGAUCCUGAAACCAAUGAUUGAAGCCUGCCUGCCUGCCUGCCCACCUGUUAGACUCUUGUUAAAGUCACCACAUCUAUACAACAACCUUGAGAAAACAUAAGAAGAAACGUGAUCGAUGCUGGAAGGACAUGUCACAAUAGGCUGUGGACUUACCUGCCACCAAUUGGUGCAUUUAGUCCCUUCCGUCUACUUUUUGAUACUGUGUUAUAUGAAACCCUAUUUUCCUUUAAAAAAAAAA